GCACUCCUUCUCCGCCAGUUUCUAGCGUCGUUGUGAGCGAGGUGUUCUUCUUGUUUCAACAGUCGCUGUUCUACGAAUUCGGUGCGGAUUUUCACAAACAAAUUUCAAGAUGUCGAUGUACCCAUCUCUAGAGGAUAUGACGGUGGAUAAGAUGGCCAGGGCGCAGGUCACCAAUUCGCAGCCCGCCGCUGCUGCACCAGUGGCCAUGGCGGUCAGUGCACCGACGGCCGUUGUGACGGAGAUCACGUAUCCGACGCUCUAUCCAUCACUGGGCGAUAUGGGCCUGGAGUUGCCCGCAGCAGUUGUGGAGGAUCACAUGCGAGCAGUCGCCCAGUACGCUCCGCAGGGUCAGGCAGUGGCUGUACCUGCCCAACCCAGCCCGGGAAACCAGCUUGCCACUAUGGUCGCUCCUGUCACUGGAAACCGGGAGGUUGGCCUGAUGCGCUCCGAGAUCAAGCAAGGUAUUCGUGAAAUUGUUCUCUGCAAGGACACCAAGGGAAAGUGUGGCCUCGCCGUGAAGGCCAUUAGCAAGGGUGUAUUUGUUGCGUUCGUGUACCGCGACUCACCCGCCAAGAUGGCUGGACUCCGAUUCGGUGACCAAGUUCUGCAGAUCAAUGGUGAGACUGUUGCUGGCUACACCACCGAUAAGGCCACCAAGAUUCUUGCAAAGGCAGCACCGGAGAGAAUUGUUAUCGCAGUCAGAGACAGACCGUUUGAGCGCACCAUCACAAUGCAGAAGGACAGUGCCAACCAUGUUGGCUUUGUCUACAAGAAGGGAAAGAUCGAGAAGAUCGUCAAGGACUCGUCAGCGGCACGGAAUGGAAUUCUCACCGACCAUUACCUCGUGGAGGUCAAUGGCCAGAAUGUUGUAGGACUAUCGGAUAGUGACAUUGAGAAGGUCUUCGUUGCUGCACCAAGGACUACAACCAUCACACUCAUGCCACACUUUGUCUACGAUCACAUCAUCAAGAACAUCGGCAGCCUGAAGAAGUACAUGGACCACUCCGUUCCCGAGUGCUAACAGCUACUAGCGCCAAUCCACGAGCCUAAGAUAUCAGUCUUCAGCAAUUCCAGCUGCCCUUCUUGAACAAUGUUCUCUUCUUCUUGUGCCUCCCCACACCCUGACUUGCUCGUUUUCCUCCAAUGAACGAAAACACGGUCUCUUGACUGCAAUGAAAUUCUCCUAAUGUUUUAUCAUGUUUGCAUACAUUUUUUGCAAAUUAUCUAGUUAAUUCUAUAGAUGGCAUGUAGCUUUCAGCUCAAAUUGAGCACCCACUACUAGUACUGAAGUUCUGAUUUGCUCAUUGCAGCUGUACUUUUGCGUGUAACUGUUGUCAUUAUGGAUUUGGCUUGUGCAUGGGGCUGGCUAUAUACCUGGUCAAACUUUCUAAAAACUGAUUCUUACAUGGUAUGCAUUGUUGUUGAAGUGGUUCGCCGGUUGACGGAAAUGACCGACUGAUCUGCAUUGAUCUUCCAUUUUAUUAUCCUGACUGUUCAUGAAGACCAAAGACACUACCUACUGUACAUACUGCUCUUAUCCACAAUCUCACGAUACAUAAACAUGAAAAGAAGUACUCUCUUGAGAACCCGGA